AUGCCAGAGAAACAGGAAGAGCACUCCUCAGGAAGACACAAAUCGUCGCGAUCCAAUGGACGAUCUUCUCGUCAAUCCAAAAGACGCGAGGUUGAUGAAGAGCCUUCCGAAUCAUCACACGCAUCCUACCUUGAGUCCAGCGAGAGAAGCAAAGAGGCUGGUCGUGCAUCUAAUCAUGCAUCCAGACCAAGGUCACCAAAGGAAGACUCUGAGCGAUCCUCUCGUAGAUCUUCUAGAAGAUCAAAAGUACGAGAAGCUGAUGACGAUCCUUCCGAAUCAUCCUACCUUGAGAAGAGCGAGAGAAGCAAUGGAAAUGCUCGGAAGCUCCGUAGUGAACCAGAACAAUGGUCGCAAGAGGAAAGCCCUGGCGAUCGUAGAAAGGGACAAAGCGCCACAAGAGCAAGCAAACCUGGUGCUAUUCCUGAUUUGAAUGCAACCAGCGAUUCUGCUGAUCGUGGAACGAAACUAAGCCCUGCGAAGGCAUCCAAGUCUGGUGCCCUUCCUGCAGGGAAUGACGACAGUGUCCCUGCAGAUCGAAAGAAGGGGCGAAGGUCUACCCGAUCUUCGAACCCAGUGGUUCUUCCCGAAGAUCGGAUGAGUCAUCACCAGCGAAGAAAACAAGAAAGAGCUGCUAGCACGUCUGGCCAAGUACGAUCAGCUUCGAAUACGCGGAAUGUGCUGGAAGCGGCAACCGUCGAUGAUGACCUAGAAGGAGAACCAAUGCAGCUCAUGAGACGCGAAAUAGUACAGCUUAAUCAGCGACUUCAUGCUGAAAGAGUAGAACGCGAAGCAAACGAAGAAGUACAGCAAGAAGCGCGACAAAAGGCACAUCAAAAAGAAAGAAGGAAGCGCAGACGACGGAACAUCAUCAUUAUUAUGGUCUGUGUGGUUGCUCUCGUUGCCGCAGGUGCCAGUGCAUUCUUUUCUCUCAACAAGAAGGCUGAAGCUACCGAAGAUCCGACUAUAGCACCAUCAUCUGCUAUGAAUGAUGGCAGCCCCGCUGUAUCAAGCGAACCAACAAGCGCUUCUUCCAAUGGUCCAACCGUAACUCAGCUGUACAACCCACCCAGUGAAGACGACUGUGUCGCUAUCUCCAGGAAUCAAACCAUCGCUGGACAGGUGGACUUGGAUCAAAGGGAGUUUGACAUGGCCUUUGAUGUCACUUUGGAAUCAGAUGGCGAUAUCACUCAACAAGAAGUCCAAACACUUUUGGAAGCUAUUCAAGCCAGGAUCUUGCCUCCCCUGGCUGGUUGUUUCAGUCAGACAAUCAAUCGUCGCGAACUUCUAACAACGAACGAUCAACCAACGAUCAGAGCUCUUGUGACACAGCACAGACACAGACAGCUUGCCAUUGGGGAGAACCGUUUUGUCAUUUUUAAUGCCUUUGUCACUGGUCGAGAGGAUCCCGAUGUGGUCUGUACCAACACACAAGACUCAAACCUCUGUCACAGAAUUGUUGUAAAAGUAACUGCUAUUUUGAAAGGGCCAGUCCAGCUAACGAAUAUUGUCGUUCUGACCUCUGAUCAAGUGAUUCAAAAACUGAAGGACGAUGAACAAGACGAUGGCAACUUGAAAGAUCCAUUAGGAUUGCGCAAUCCAUUUUCCGAGGUGCAGUUGACCAACAUUGAUAAUCAAUCAGCAACAGAGGCUCCAGUGGUAGGGGCAACUUUGGAUCCUACUCAAAUGCCAGCACAAGCCCCAAGCUCCUCACCGUCAAUGGCCACGCUAGUUCCUUCAGUGAAGCCUUCCAUUGCUCCUAUGACAGGUCCAACACCACCUCCAUCGGCACUUCCAAGCGUUAUGCUAUCUGAUACGCCAAGUCUACGUCCGUCAUCCUUACCAUCGUUACCACCAACACUCGCGCCCGUGGUGGGCCCAACUCUUUCGCCUUCAAGCGCACCGUCAAGAGUACCAUCUAGAGUACCAAGUUUGUCUCCGACAGUUACCCCAACUGAAGUUCCCUCCGCCAAUCCAUCAAGUUUGCCAACUAUGGCUCCAUCUGGCACUCCAUCAAUAAAGCCGAGCAUGGUUUCAUCUGGCACUCCCUCAGUGGUGCCAAGCAUGAUUCCAUCUUUUGCCCCAUCAAUGAGCCCGUCGCAUCGAUGCUUCCAAAGAAACAUUGAGCUCAGUACUGAAGUCAGCAACUGGUUUGGUACCGCAUUGCAAAAGAUAUCUGUCAAGGACACCUAUGGUCAAAUUGGAGACUGGUGUUUUGGUGCCGGGGUGACCAGUAUGCAAAACUUGUUCACUGAUCGUUCUACAUUCAAUGAAGACAUUUUGGACUGGGAUGUUUCUUCUGUCACAUCAAUGAGUGCUAUGUUCAUGGGGGCAACAUCCUUCAAUCAAAACUUGUCAUCAUGGGAUGUUUCUUCUGUUGAACACAUGACUAAAAUGUUUGAAGGUGCAUCAUCCUUCAAUGGAAACAUGUCAUCCUGGGAUGUUUCUUCUGUCUCAUCAAUGAGUGCUAUGUUCAGUGGAGCAGAAUCCUUCAAUCAAGACUUGUCUUCUUGGGAUGUCUCUUCUGUCAAAGAUAUGAGGUAUUUAUUCAGGUGGGCAUCAAUUUUCAAUCAAGACUUGUCAUCCUGGGAUGUUUCUUCUGUGAAUGACAUGCGUUGGAUGUUCCAGUAUGCAUCAACCUUUAAUGAAGACUUGUCAUCCUGGGAUGUUUCUUCUGUCACAGCAAUGAGUGCUAUGUUCCAAGAUGCAGCAUCGUUCAAUCAAGACUUGUCAUCCUGGGAUGUUUCUUCUGUCACUUUGAUGGAUAGAAUGUUCCUUGGAGCAUCAUCAUUCAAUCAAGACCUGUCGCGAUGGGAUGUUUCUUCUGUGACAAACAUGUAUAGACUGUUCCACUCGGUAUCAUCAUCCUUCAAUCAAGACCUGUCAUCUUGGGAUGUUUCUUCUGUGACAAGCAUGGUUGAAACGUUCAUGUAUGCAUCAUCCUUCAAUCAAGACCUGUCAUCUUGGGAUGUUUCUUCUGUGACAAACACGAGAUACAUGUUCUACUUCGCAUCAUCCUUCAAUCAAGACCUGUCAUCUUGGGAUGUUUCUUCUAUCACAACGAUUCGAGCGAUGUUCAUGGGGGCAUCCUCCUUUGAUCAGAAUCUUUGCGUUUGGGGCUUGCGCCUGCCAAGCAGUGCUGAUGUUGCCGACAUGUUUUCCGGUGCCACCAGCUGCCCAUCACAAUCCAAUCCAAUCUUCUCUGCAAAUCCAGCAUCAUCUGCAGGUCCAUUCUGUCAUGUUUGUGUCUAG